AUGAAUAGAAAACCAAUUUUUUUAUAAGAUAAGCAAGGACAAUAGAGUUAUCCAUAUAAUUAACCUACUCAAAUUUAAACUGGUCGAUAGGCUGAUACUAGGAUUGCUAAUAUGAAAAAUACUGAACAUCUUUUGAUGGCUCCUUAACAUAAUACACCUUUUUCAGCCUUUAGCACUGCCAUGUAAUCAUAAGAUGCCUCUUUCUUGAGUAACAAACAGGAAGACGCCAAUAUUGGAUUUCAAUAAAUUUUGAAACAUACCAAUCAAAUAGUAUAAGAAAAAUCAUAGGCAUAAGAAUUAAAGUUUAAAGAAUUGUAAAAUCAGAUCGAUUCAAACAGAACUAUAAUUUUUGAUAUAAGAGGAUAAAAUCCGAUAAAUGCAGAAUAGUUAAGCAUAAAAUUUAAAUAGUUUGAAGAAUCUAUCAAAACAUAUAUAAAAAAGGCUCAGGAAGAAUUAAUGAAUUAAUAGGUUAAUUUUUAAAGCGAUUAUUAAAUAAAGUUUAAAGAAUUACAGGAUUAGACUGAUAAUAAAUUAACAUUUAUAUAAAAAGAAAACUAGUCAAAUUUAGUUAAAAUAAAAGAAGACACACAAUCAAGAACUCCUACUCAAAUUAAUCUUAGUGAAGAUACACUCAUAAAGGAUAUUCAAUAAAAAAUUAAGGCUCUUCAAUUAUUAUUUGAUUCUCAACAUAAUGAAUCUGUCAUAAAUGAUUAAAAAACUAAAUAACAAUUAACUAAAUUAGAAAAAAAUCUACUUGAACAAUCUUAAAAAAUUAGUGUUUAAGAAGAAUAGACAAUUGCUUAAUUAAAGACCUUCUAAAAUAAUCAAUAAAAUAAUAUUUCUUAAGCAAAUAAAAAACUGUACGAUGAUAUUGAAAUUAAGUUACAAUAAGUUUAUAAUAUUAUCCAAUAAAAAACAUUUUCAUAAUCUGACAAAUUAACAGAAUUAACUCUUUAAUAAGGAGAUUUAAAUAAAAUUACAAAAGGGGUAUUUGAUCUACAGAAUUCAUAAAAAUUACUUUCUUAGUAAUACUAAGAAUUAACUCUAAGAAUAGAUUAGCAUCUAUCUUAAACCUCUAAACAAGAACUUAAUCUUAAAGAAUUAGAAUAGAAAGUGGAUUAAAAUAAUGAUGAAAAUUAUAAUGGUAUUACUUAAUUGAGAUUAGAACUUUCAAGUCUAACCAAAUAAUUCGAGAGAGUGAAAUUAGAAUAUAAAAAUUAGUUUGACUAUCUCAUAAAUUAAUAAAAUAAAUCAAAUGAAGAAAUCAGAAAAUCCCAUUAAGAAAUAUUGUUCUCUUUUAAAUAGACUGAGUAGACUCAUUGGAUUGAUGAAUAUAACAAAAAAAAACCUGAAAUUUAAUAAGCUUAAGUCUAAGUGUUCAGUUAUGAAGAGGAUUCUGAAAGUAAGAGUGACCAAUAAAUCAAUGAGAUAUCAGAAUAGAAUAAUAAUGUAUUAAACUUCUUUAUUUAUUAGGAUUAAAUAGAGCCUGAGUUUGAAAAGGAAGCAUUUAUGGAAAGGUUGAAAGCGUUGAGUCCCUUUAAAAAUAGCUAAGUUUAGGAAGAGAAGAUAGUGUAAGUGAAGGAAGAGAAUCAGGAUAAGGAGAUAAAAAAUGAUUAAAAAGAAGAAGAGGAUGAUAAUGAUAAUGAUGCUACUUAUUAAUUAGAUGAAAAUGGUUUCUUAUUAGAUGAGGAAGGAAAUUAUUUAUUAGAUGAAAAUGGUUAAAUGAUUCAAUUAAAUGAAACCUAAAUAGAGUAUUUAAGAAAGUAAGAUAUGGUGUAAGAAGAAGAUAAUUGA